AAAAUAAUUUACAUUUAAAAUUACUAGGUAUACUACAUUUAUAUUUACGUGUACUACCCGUGCACUACAUCCGACAGUUUGAUUUCCGAAACAAGUGUACGGUGGCCGAGAGUCGCGUCAGACCUGCAUUAGCGCUUUUACAGUGGAAGUAGGCCAGUGGACUUCUGCUGCUGCUAAGCAACCGCUCUUUACACAAGCAAAGGCACACGCUUGUUAACGCUUGUGAGGAUGAACUGUUGUAACAAAUGAGGGACUUUGAGGCCAGUGUGGAUGGAGCUCACUGUUUCAGGGUGCUGUGUUCGCACCCAUGCUGCUGGGACACCGAGCGCCGCUGCACCAGAGGAAUCAAACGCCACAAUCCAGCACGCGUGAGGAAACACUCUCUCAAAAAUGGAGCAGAGGACUUUCCAUCUCUGAGUAUAGUUAAUGUCUCUGAAUGGGCUGGACGGGGGAGACCGAUUAAAGAAAGGCCACUGUACGGUGCUGACACAGAGGCAUCUUUGAAUGAUGCCUCUUGUGUUUCUCUCAGCAAACAGACACAAGACACUCAGAAGAUUAAGAGGGCAAAUCUUUCCUUCCCAGACAUCAUGUUGCCCAGCGAUAAACCAAACAAUAUGCUCAAGUUAAAUACAGUUGAGAUCAGUCCUUUGAUGGGCCGCUCUGAGUUGCCACAGUGUCCACUGGUUAUGUGGAUUCCCAACCCGCACCACGAGCCUCAGUGGCUCCGCCAAAACAAGUCUAAAUCUCCAAACAUCACUAUAAAAGAGUUAGUCUGCCUUCCAUCCAAGCCGUCCAUCGAGGCCAACCAGCGGAAGAAGUGUAACGGUCAUAAAAGUAGAGGUAAGAGAGGAAUUAAUGCUACACAAGAGGGCGCUGGCAGCCCACGGUGGGUGGGCAUUGGCUUUAAUCCCAUUCCCAAAACCACCCCACAUCACCUCUCCCACAGCCUAGCAUUCAAAGAUAGUGGGUGGGGAUCAUUGGAUCAAAAACUGCCAAGCCUAACCACACCACACCCAAACCCAAAGAGCAGUAGUGUCAGUCCAGCCUUGAGCCUGAGUUUAGAAUCAGUAAAGUGCUGGAGAGGCCACUGAAACAGACUUAAACAGAUCUCAUACUUAUGCCACAUUAAGAAGACAAAGGUGUUUAACUGUAAAUGAAAAGUCUGUUCCAUAAGUAGUUAGUCGUGUCCAAUGAUUGUCUUGAAAGUCAAUUCCUAUUUUAAACAUAGACUAGUUUCAACAAAUAAUUAAAAUGUAGCCUACAUGGUUUGUUUUUCACAGCCUGAACAGUUAAUUUAUUCACGAAUGUGCAUUAUGAUGAUAAACAGCAGGUGGCAGAGCAGAUCAGAGUGAUUCAAAUCCUAACUGAACUGAACUCGGAAAGUGACUCCAUCAAAUAUAGUGUGUGUUCGGCUGAUAUAUGCUAUAUGAAUAGAACUGCAGUUGACAAUUAUCAACAAACAUGCACAGUUGUUAAAAUUUAUUUUUAUGUUUUAAAAAGAAAUCAAUACUUAUGUAC